GUCACUUUCCACUUCCCAUUUUGGUUGAUGGUUCAUCACCGAAUCGGAGCUCUUGAUUCGUGGAACUUCGACGUUCUCUUCUUGCGGAACCUGCGCGGCCAUACUCGGAGAAGGAGAAGAAAUUGCGUUUCGAAGAUGAGAAGAGGACCUUCAACUUCAACAAUUUCUUCGUUUUUGUCGCUGAGGAUCGCUCGUCAAUCUUCCAACUCAGGCAUUGAUCUGAUUCGUGUUCGAUUCCUAUCUUCGUCUUCAAAGCCUCCUGGGCUAUUGGUACAUUACAGGCAUCUAGUUGAGCGAGGGGAGCUACAACAUGAUCCUUUUCAAGAGAGAGUAGCUUCCGAAUUGGAGAGUUUGCUUGGAAGGUUGGAGCAGUAUGAAAAAGAUAUGGAAGAUUAUCAUGUAAAACUAGCUAACUGGAAACAGAAUAGGGAGAAUGAGAGGCGCAAACUUUUAAUGGAGGAAGCUGAAUCUAAACAACAGGGUGAUGUCUGGACAUCGGUAAACAAGCGCCAAAGCAAACUUGUUGAAACACUGAUGUUUCGGAAUAAGUCUGAAAAUAUUGAACCUGGAGUCGGUAAAUGGGUUUCAUACCUUAACCGAGAGAGGAAGUUGGAUUCACUUGUAGGGCGUUGUCCUUCUGCUCCACAUGCUCCUAGGGGACUGUACAUAUAUGGCAAUGUUGGAAGUGGGAAGACAAUGCUCAUGGAUAUGUUUUACAAUGCUACUAAAGGAAUAGUUAAACAUCGACGAAGGUACCAUUUUCAUGAGGCUAUGCUAAAAAUUAAUGAAGAUAUGCACCAGAUAUGGAAAAAUCAAGUGAGGGAGAAAUCUUCACAAUCAAGCAUUUCGAGUUGGAUUAUGAAUCUCCCCUUUGAUACAAAAGUGAAGGAGUGGUUGGCUGCAGAAGAAAAAUACAAGCAAGAGGUACAGAUGAAAAACAUUCUUCCUGCUGUUGCCGAUAAAUUUCUUGUUGAUCAGCAAGCAGACCAAGUAGGAGCCAGCAUUCUUUGCUUUGAUGAGAUACAGACAGUUGAUGUAUUUGCUAUUGUGGCCUUAUCUGGAAUUGUAAGCAGAUUGUUGAGUACUGGUACAGUUCUUGUGGCCACCAGCAAUCGAGCUCCAAAGGACUUGAAUCAGGAUGGCAUGCAGAAGGAUAUCUUCCAAAAGUUUGUAGCCAAACUGGAGGAGCAUUGUGAAUUUGUUCUCAUUGGAAGUGAGAUUGAUUACAGGCGCUUUAUAGCUCAAAGAUCUUUUGACCAGGUGCAUUAUUUCUGGCCUUUAGAGCUAACAUCGGUGGGUAAAUUUGAAAAGAUGUGGGCCGAAAUGACCCGCCAAUUGGGAGGACAAAUCACCUCUGAGACUAUUUCUGUGAUGUUUGGAAGAAAAUUGGAGGUGUCAGAAAGCUGCAAUGGAGUGGCACGAUUUGCAUUUGAUUUUCUCUGUGGUCAACCGGUAGGUGCUGCAGAUUAUAUUGCCUUAGCCCAAAACUAUCAUACUGUCUUCAUAUCCAACAUCCCAAUGAUGAGCAUGCGCAUCCGUGACAAGGCCCGGCGGUUCAUCACUCUCAUUGAUGAGCUAUACAAUCACCAUUGCUGCCUAUUUUGCUUGGCAGCUACUUCAAUUGAGGACUUGUUUCAAGGCACUGAAGAGGGUACUCUUUUCGAUUUGGAGAGUUUUCAGUUCGAAACAGAGGCAGAAGGGGGAAAGCUUCGUCGAAAUGUCCUAGAGGAAGGCAAUGUAGGCUCCGUAGGUGCUCCAACUGCAAUUGUGUCAAUGCUAUCUGGUCAAGAAGAAAUGUUUGCAUUCCGUCGAGCUGUCUCUCGAUUGAUUGAGAUGCAGACACCUCUAUACUUGGAGGGAGUGCGAAGCCUUCAUCCAUAUUUUCAGAGACGAGAACAAGAAUCGUUAGUCGAUCGUGCGACCAAGUUCCAUUCUCAGCUAUCAUCAUGACUUUACAAGGUACUCCUCCAUUCUGCAAGUUCUCUCUCUCAUUUGGGAGUGGGAUAAAUAGGAAGGGGAGAGAGGUCUCCAACCCGAUAAAAUAAGAUAAAAUAUUUAGGCCCCGUUUGGUAACCAUUUCGUAUUUGUUUUUCUGUUUUUGAAAAUUAUAUUUGUUUCGUCACAAUCUCUUUUCUAUGUUUUCACCCUUCUUAAAAAAUACACUUUAACUUGUUUUUGAGAACUGUUGUUUUUUUUUUCGUUUUCAAAAUUUGUUUUAGAUUUUGAAAACAAUUUCAAAGAGCAGAGGCUAAACAAAAAAAUACAUACAUAGGUGAAAAUGGCGCUAAACUGAAAAUCAAAAACAAAAUAGUUAUCAGAUCGGGCCUUAACUCUCUAGAGCCAACUAGUCUAUUCAUUUGAGGCCUGUCUGUAAAAGCUGAACAACAGGGUAAAAAUAGGGGAAUUCAAAAUAAUUUCAAAUUAGGUAGUAUAAAAGAAAUCGUAGUAACUUAAUAAGCUUUAUGCUCAUUGCCUCCAUCCUCUCUCUACCCGUUAAUAAUAUUAUAUCUUUAUCAUCCAUGGUCAAUUGAUUCUGUAUUGAGCUGAAACCUGCAAUUUUAUUUAUCUUUGGCACCUGAGUUAAGAUACUUGGUAAGAUUCCUUUUA